AUGAAAUUUAUUGAUAUUCCAAUUUCAGAAAUUGUAAAGCUGAAUCGUCAGUUGACUAAACUCUUUGUUAAGUAUGAUCAAGCUUUUCGAAGAUGUUUGAAAGUUGACGAUGAAAAGUUUUCUGCUGACAUAUCACUCAGCUUCAAUCACCACAAACCACCGACAAACAUGCCACAUGCACAUAAGAAAAAUUUAGCGCAUGACAACACAGGAAAGUAUUAUUUUGCACCACUUAAUAGCGUCAACAGUGGUGAUUGUUCAAUGUGGGGAAUAAUUGGAUUAGUUAAAUCUUUCGCUGCUGUUGUUUAUGAUACUUAA